GUACUUAUUUUUCUUUUAUGGAUUGAUGAAAAACUCGAUCUCUCCGUCAAUACCUCUACCGACUUCUGAAAAGAUUUAUUCCCAUACACCAUAUCCAAUGAUAUCAACAAUACUAUCAAUUAGUUCUCUAUUGUUUUCAAUAUAUAUUUUACAAUCACGAAUUGUUACAGUCGUUCAUCUAUAUUGCGGAAUUCUUCUAUCACUUGUUUCUACAAUUAUGGCAAUUGGUACGGAUCGAAUGGAACAAUUGUGGUGGGGAAUACCACUUGGAUUUCUCAUCGUAGAUAUAAUUGCCUUGUAUAUCAUCAGAGAUUCAGAACCAGAUAUAAAUGGUCUAGAAAAUUAA